CUCCAAGGUGGCACUAGCUGGAUUGAGAAGAAAAGGCAGGGGAGACAGAACAGUUGUUUAACCUGGAGAGGGCAUGUCUGACCGAGUAGGAAGGUGCAAGAACAGGAAUCUAGGACCAGCUUUCAUGAGAUAGGUUGUGACAUGUGCUCACAGGAAGACUUCCAGGCACAGAGGAGCCAGCUGGUGGCACUAUUGGUCUCAGGGUCCUUGGAAGGCUUUGAGAGCAUCUUGGACUGGCUGCUGUCCUGGGAUGUGCUGUCCUGGGAGGACUAUGAGGGCCUCAGCCUCCCGGGUCAACCUCUCUCCCAUUCUGCCAGGCGCCUACUGGACACAGUCUGGAACAAGGGUGAUUGGGGCUGUCGGAAGCUCCUUGAAGCUGUUCAAGAGGCCCAGGCCAAUAGUCACACCUUUGAACUGCAUGGCUGCUGGGACACUCACUCCAUUCAUCCAAUCAGAGACCUUCAGAGUCACCGGCCAGCCAUUGUCCGGGGACUCUACAACCAUGUAGAAGCCAUUCUGGAGCUGGCAAGGGAGCGGGGAUUCCUGAGCCAGUACGAAUGUGAUGAGAUCAGGCUGCCAAUCUUCACGUCAUCCCAGAGGGCAAGAAGGCUGCUUGACCUUGCCACGGUGAAGGCAAAUGGACUGGCUGCCUUCCUUCUUCAGCACAUCAAGGAAUUACCUUCACCAUCCCUGCCUUAUGAAGCUGCUGAGUGUCAGAAAUUCAUAUCGAAGCUGAGGACCAUGGUGUCAGCCCAGUCUCGCUUCCUCAGUACUUAUGAUGGGUCAGAGAGUCUUUGCCUGGAGGAUAUAUACACGGAGAACAUCUUGGAGCUGCGGACAGAGGUGGACAUGGCUGGGGCCCUGCAGAAGAGCCCUGCCAUCCUGGGCCUGGAGGAACUCUUUGGUACCCAUAGCCAUCUUAACAAAGAUGCAGACACUGUGUUGGUGGUGGGUGAAGCAGGCAGUGGCAAGAGCACUCUCUUGCAGUGGCUGCACUUGUUGUGGGCGACAGGGCAGAACUUUCAGGAGUUUCUCUUCGUUUUCCCGUUCAGCUGCCGGCAGCUACAAUGCAUGGCCAAACCGCUGUCUCUAAAGAUGCUGCUCUUUGAGCAUUGCUGUUGGCCUGAUGUUGGUCAGCAUGAUGUCUUCCAAUUCCUCCUUGACCAUCCUGACCGUGUCCUGUUAACCUUUGAUGGCUUGGAUGAGUUCAAGUUCCGGUUCACAGACCGGGAGCGUCAUUGCUCUCCAACUGACCCCACGUCAGUCCAGACUCUGCUUUUUAACCUUCUUCAGGGGAACCUGCUGAAGAAUGCUCGCAAGGUGCUGACCAGCCGUCCAGAUGCUGUGUCAGCUCUCCUCAGGAAGUUUGUCCGGACAGAAUGCCACCUCAAGGGCUUCUCGGAAGAGGGGAUUGAACAGUACCUGAGAAAGCACCACCGGGAACCUGGGGUAGCAGAUGGCCUCAUCCACCUGCUCCAAGCCACAUCAGCCUUGCAUGGUUUGUGCCAUCUCCCUGUCUUCUCAUGGAUGGUGUCAAGAUGCCACCAGGAACUGUUGUUGCAGAAUGGGGGGUUCCCAACGACCAGCACAGAUAUGUACCUCUUGAUCCUACAGCAUUUCCUGCUGCAUGCCUCCCCUCCAGAUUCCUCCUACCCCCUCAGUCUGGGACCUGGUCUCCUUCAGAGCCGGCUCUCCACCCUCCUGCACCUUGGCCACCUGGCUCUCCAGGGCCUGGCCCUGAGCUGCUACGUAUUCUCAGCCCAGCAGCUCCAGGCGGCACAGGUUGACUCUGAUGAUAUUUCUCUUGGUUUCCUGGUACGCGCCCAAAAUGUUGUGCCCGGGAGCAAGAUGCCCCUGGAAUUUCUACACAUUACCUUCCAGUGUUUUUUUGCUGCAUUCUACUUGGUAGUCAGUCCAGACACAUCAGUAGCCUCACUCAGACACCUCUUCAGCUGUGGCCGGCUGGGCAGCUCACUGCUGGUUAGACUGCUGCCCAGUCUGUGUAUCCAGGGCUCCAGAGUCAAGAAGGGCAGCAAAGCGGCUCUACUACAGAAGGCUGAGCCACACAACCUACAGAUCACAGCAGCCUUUGUAGCAGGUCUGUUGUCCAAGGAGCACUGGGACCUGUUGGCCGCAUGCCAGAUCUCUAAGAGGGUGCUGCUCCAGCGCCAGGCAUGUGCCCGCUCAUGUCUGGCCCAAAGCCUUCGUGAACACUUCCACAACAUCCCACCUGCCGUGCCAGGUGAAGCCAAGAGCAUGCAUGCCAUGCCUGGCUUCAUUUGGCUUAUCCGGAGCUUGUAUGAGAUGCAGGAGGAGCAAUUGGCACAGGAGGCUGUGCGUCGAUUGGACAUUGGGCACCUGAAGUUGACGUUUUGCAGAGUGGGCCCUGUAGAGUGUGCUGCCCUGGCCUUUGUGCUGCGGCACCUCCAGCGACCUGUGGCCCUGCAGCUGGACCACAACUCUGUUGGAGAUGUAGGAGUGGAACAGCUGCUGCCCUGCCUUGGUGUCUGCAAAGCUCUGUAUUUGCGAGAUAACAAUAUCUCAGAUCGAGGUAUCUGCACACUGAUUGAGUAUGCUCUCCACUGUGAGCAGCUGCAGAAGCUGGCUCUCUUCAACAACAAGCUCACGGAUGGCUGUGCGUACUCCAUGGCCAAGCUCCUUGCACACAGGCAGAACUUCUUGUCACUGAGGGUGGGGAACAAUCACAUCACAGCUGCUGGAGCCCAGGUGCUGGCCCAGGGGCUCAAGAGCAACACCUCCUUGCAGUUCCUGGGGUUCUGGGGCAACAGUGUGGGCGAUAAGGGUACCCAAGCCCUGGCUGAAGCUGUGGCUGGUCACCAGAGUGUGAAGUGGCUCAGCCUGGUGGGGAACAACAUUGGCAGUGAAGGUGCCCAAGCCCUAGCACUGAUGCUGGAGAAGAACAAGUCACUGGAGGAACUCUGCCUGGAGGGAAACCAUAUCUGUGACGAAGGGGUGCGUUUUCUGGCAGAAGGACUGAAGAGAAAUUCAAGUUUGAAAUUUUUGAAGCUGUCCAACAAUGGCAUUACCUACCAGGGUGCAGACGCCCUCCUGCAGGCCCUCCACAGGAAUAGUACCAUUCUGGAAGUUUGGCUCCGAGGGAACACCUUCUCUCCAGAGGAAAUUGAAACACUCAGCUCCAGGGACAGCAGACUCUUGCUUUGACAUCUCAGCCUUGGGGGAUUGGACUCUGGAGGCUGAAUAGCUUCAGGCAAUAUCCCUGUGCUACUCUGGGCUGGACUGUUCCCCCUCCCCCCGGGGGCACUAUAGUCUCCUUCUGAUAGCAGAAAAUGGUGCUCCAGUGCCCUCCAGAAUUGACUUUUCCCAAGGAUGUGUGAUGGUUGGUCUUGGUUGACUAAACUAGUUUAAGAGACACUUGGGACUAGAGGACCACAUUUCUGUGAGGUGUCUAGAGAGGAAUAUCACCUAGGGCAGUGACUGGGAGGGGGAAAGGUCCUGACUGAAUGUGGACAACACAAUCCACCCGGUGAUCCAUGGGAGGAGGAAGAUAGCGAAUACUUGCAUGCAUGAGCUCUUCUUCCUGAGUGAGGACUUCUUUGGCUGCUGACAUCGCCUUUGGACAGCAGACUCCAGCUUCUUUGGCCUUUUGACUUGGACACAGCACCAGUGACAUUUUAGGGAGCUUCCAGGCCCCAGCUUCUUGGUCCUGACAGCUACCAGACUCUGCCUCUCCAGAUGGCCAUUGUUGGACUGCCCAGUCCCGAUGAUACUCCAAGAAUGAGUGGGAUGAACACAAGAGCUCCCUCUGACGACAGUAUGUGGUGGGCUGCUAGCUGAAUGGCCAGGGUUCUUAUGGGGGUCAGUCAGACCCAUGGAUGUCAACUCAGGGCCUGUUGUUGUGGAGACUUAGGCCCACAUGCAAGACACCCCCCUCCCCUUCUCUCUCUCAGAGAGGAAUAUCCAGGAAGCAGCUCUUAGCUAUGUCUGGACUCAGCUCUGGCCCCCCCAUUCACCCUGCACGAGGCUCACCAGGACCUCACCCCAGACAGCCAACACAAUACCUAUCUUUUUCCCCUUUCUUAACGUAAACAACAGCCAUUUGCCCCCAGGAUGUUCUGGAUUUACAAGAAAAACAUGACCACACUCCAGCUGGGAUGAUCACAUGUGGACUUGGGUUUCCAGUAACAUCAAUUACUUUGUAGCAGAGCCUUUGGAGUCAGUUCCUCCCUCAGCAACAGCUUUUUAGCGUUAAUCUGGGCUAGAAUUUCAAACAACCCCACCAGGCCUCAAGUUGCUGCCUGUGAACUGAACUAUAACAACAGACUUCUGAAACAUAUUCACAAAAGGCAGCUCCAUUUUUAUCUGUGACAGAAUGCUUUAGGAUAUAGAGUUAGGGGUUGGACAUCCACAGGGGAUAAAACCAGGCCCUUUGCUUCUAAGUCAGGUCUUUUUGUGUUUUUCAAAAUGUCACUUUUGUAAUUUUUAAAUUAUAGAAAUGUUACUCCAUAUCAUUGUGUGUGAAAACAGGUUAAUAUUUAUAAACUGUGUCGUUUUAUUACAAGUUGGCACUUUUAUAGACAAUGUGAUCAUGAACUUUCUGUUAUAAAUAACCACAGAGGUGAAAACUA